AUGCUUCGAACCGUUAGCGAACCGAACACCCUUCUUUUUCAGCUGGCUCCAAAUCGUGCUUUGCAGAAGCCUGCACAUGCCAGUGUACUCGCAGGUCUGCUGGCUUGUCACCCAGUCUACUUCCUCGCAAAGCAAAAGAAAUCCCAGCUCUCUUCAUUGCAAGGUUCCUGUACUCUCUUCUACUACUCUUCUUCUCGACAAGCUGCUAUCAUGUUUUUCUCGAAGACUUUCAUCUGUGUUUUCCUUCUCUUGAGCGGCUUUGCGUUUGCACAAGCUGGUCGUGGAGUACGCGGCGGUGUGUCCAGUCGCAGUGCUGUCGAGCGAUCUUUGAUGCGAAAGGGCGCCAAAGGAAUUAAGGACGACGGCUUGAAAACGAACGAAACCGCCAAGUCGUCAAGCGGAAUGAUGAUGAAGAUGCAGUGCAACGGCACCAUGGAUUUGAUGGUGGAGCUGGACGAAGACAUGACGACUAUGCCCCCCGGCAACUACACCACAGGAACGUCACGAUCGGGCAAGAGCUCGAAGAUGAACUCUACUUCUCGCUCCGGCAAGAUCGGCAAGAUGAAGGGCGACAAUUCGACUUCUCGCAGUCGCUCCCGUUCCCGUUCUAUGGGCAAGUUGAAGGGUCCCAAGAUGCCCUGCAAUUAG